AUUGUGCAAACAGGAGGAAAUUUGCAGAUGCUGGAAAUUCAAGCAACACACACAAAAUGCUGGUGGAACGCAGCAAGCCAGGCAGCAUCUGUGGAAAAGAGUUGUGGCUGAACUAGUGAAUUUCUAUAAGUAACCUCGCUGCGCAAAUAUUGCAAUCAUUUCCGACCACUCGCUUAAGCUGACUUUCGAAUCCCUGUAAACCACCAGCCUCUGCAACCAAUGGAGUAUAACAAAACCUCUAACACACAUUCACUUCGGACUCAAAAGUAAGUAGGGUAAUUGAGGUCAACCCUCAGACGAGAUUAAAAAGAUUAAAGUUAUUUACAGCUAAGGAAUAAAGACAGCCGAGGAAGAGGAAACAGCUUGCAGUCAGGUGGUUAAAAGAGUGGAGACAAUCUCGUUGGGGGUAAGUGGUCUAGGACGUCCUUGUCUGGUCAAUGGUGUUAACAAAUGAGUUGAAUACUUCCCACCCACCACCUUCCACCUCGCUGGGUCUCACCUAUCACCUGUACUCCACCCGAUUGCCCUCCCCACCACCUUUCUUAUCCUGGUUUAUGAGCCCUUCCUUCCGGUCCCGAUGAAGGGUCAUGGCGACUGUUUAUUCCCCUCCAUAGAUGCUGCUGCCUGACUUGCAGAGUUCCUCCAGAAUUUUGUGAGGGUCGCUAGAGGGAAUCCAAACAUGGUUUAUGAGUAGAUAAACAACAGGAAGAUAGCUAACAAAAGAGUAAGGCCUUUAUAACCAAAAAGAUCACCUGUGUGUAGAGAUGAUGGGUUAAGCAAGAGCCUGAAAUAUCGUUUUGUCAUUUUAUGGGGAUCUCCCUUCCUCAGUGGAAAAAAAAUCCGCUUGGCUUGCAUUUACCCCAUCUAUACCUCUCAUAAUUUUGUAUACCUCUAUUAAAUCACUCUUCAUUCUCCUAUGUUCUAGGGAAUUAAGUCCUAACCUAUUCAAACUUUCCCUAUAACUCAGGUCCUACAGUCCUGGCAGUGUUCUUAUAAAUUUUCUCUGCACUCAUUCAGUAUUAUUGGCAUCUUUCCUGUAGGUAGGUGACCAAACUGCAUACGGAGACCUUAACGUAUAAUACAACUUCGACAUAAUAUUACAACUCCUAUACUCAGUACUUAGAUUUAUGAAGGCUAAUGUGCCAAAAGCUCUCUUUACGACCCUAUUGAUUUGUGACGAUACUUUUCAGGCAUUAUGGAUCUGUAUUACCCAAUCACUCUGCUCCACCACACUCCUCAGUGUCCUACUGCUCGCCAUGUAAGUCCUACCCUGGUUUACCCUCCCAAAGACCAACAAUUCACAUUUGUCUGCAUUAAAUUCCAUCUGCCAAUUUUUCCUGCUGCAUAGUCUUCCUCACUGUCCACUACACCCCCAGUCUUAGUGUCAUUGGCAGAUUUGCUGUUUGGCACAUUAAACUCCAGAUCAUUGAUCUGGAGGAUAAACAACAGCAGACCCAGCACCUAUUCCUGUGGCACACAGCUACUCACAGGCCACCAAUCAGAGAGGCACCCAUCUACUGUCACAAACAAGAGAAUAUCUGCAGAUGCUGGAAAUCCAUGCAACACACACACAAAAUGCUGGAGGAACUCAGCAGGACAGGCAGCAUCCAUGAAAAAUGACGCACUCUAUAUACAUUGACCUUUGUUGAGGUGCAGCGUAUUACUCCACAUUUGCACUUUACUCUUUGACCUCUCACCCCUUCUGUAAAGAUGAGUGGAGCUAAGAAAAGAAAAGUGGAUAGAGAAUGUCGGGUGUUUAAUAAGGAGUGGACAACUAAAUAUCUUUUUACCGAACACCGAUCAACUGCUGUAUGCCUGAUAUGCCAAGAGACUGUGGCGGUUUUUAAAGAAUAUAAUAUCAGCCGUCACUUUGCCACAAAACAUGCCAACUAUGCUAGCGACCAGUCAAUGAAAGAAUGGGAAGCUAAUGCUCAGAGGUUGGCAGCUAAUUUACAGGCUCAACAAAAUUUUUUUCACCGUCAAACUGCCAUUCAUGACUCAAGUACCAAGGCGAGUUUUAUGCUGUCAUUCAAAUUAGCAAAGGCCAGCAAGCCUCUGUCUGAAGGUGAGUUUUUAAAAGAAUGUAUGGUGGAGACAGCAGGUGUAUUGUGUCCGGAGAGCAAAGACAAAUUUGAAAAAAUCAGUUUAUCACGCAGGACAGUGACUCGCCGUGUGGAACUGAUAGAUGAAGAUAUAACCAGCGACUUAAAUAAAAAGGCAGAGUUGUUCACGUUAUAUUCAUUAGCACUGGAUGAAAGCAACGAUGUAAAAGACACUGCUCAGCUCCUCAUUUUUAUCCGAGAAAUUAACAAUACUUUUGAAAUAACGGAGGAGUUUUUGACAAUGGAGUCUCUGAAAGGAAAAACACGGGGAGAGGACUUGUAUGACCGGGUGUCUGCUGUCAUCGAAAAUAUGAAGCCCCCUUGGAGUAAACUCAUCAACGUCACCACAGAUGGAUCUCCUAAUUUGACGGGGAAAAAUGUCGGCCUGCUGAGGAGAAUACAGAAUAAAGUGAAAGAUGAAAAUCCUGACCAGGAUGUUAUUUUCCUUCACUGCAUCGUCCACCAGGAAUCUCUAUGUAAAUCGGUAUUACAGCUGAAUCAUGUUGUGAAUCCUGUCGUAAAACUUGUCAACUUUAUACGUGCAAGGGGACUUCUGCACCGUCAGUUCAUCACGUUCCUGGAGGAAACUGAUGCGGAUCACCAGGACCUACUUUAUCACUCCCGUGUCCGCUGGUUAAGUUUGGGCAAAGUGUUUCAACGAGUAUGGGAGCUCAAAGAGGAGAUCGGUGCAUUUUUGGAGUUACUGAGGAAGGCCGGCGAAUUUCCUGAGCUGAGCAACAAGAGCUGGCUUUGUGACUUUGCGUUUGCUGUGGAUAUAUUUUCACACAUGAAUGAACUGAACGUGAAGCUACAGGGGAAGGAUCAGUUUGUGCAUGACAUGUAAACAAACGUGAAAGCCUUUAAAUCCAAGCUGGCUUUUUUCUCCAGGCAAAUUUUGAAUAAGUUAUUCCCUCAUUUUCCCACACUAGCCACGCUGGAAGAGGCCGGCGCAAAUGUGAAAAAAUACAGUGAGUCACUGGAUGCGCUGCACAGAGAAUUCUGCCGUCGCUUUUCUGAUUUUGAAAAAAUUGACAAGUCACUUCAGUUGGUGGCCUGUCCCCUGUCACAAGAUCCUGAAACAGCACCAGAGGAGCUACAGCUGGAACUGAUCGACCUUCAGUCUGACCCCGUCUUAAAAGAGAAGUUCAACUCUCUUAAACUGAAUGACUU